UUUUUUUUUUUUUUUUUUUUUUUUUUUUUUUUUUUUUUGGUUGGUUGGUUUUGUUUUGUCAGAUCCCAGAAAAGUGACUCCUGUUCGGGGCUAAACGGAACUCCAGGUCCCUUGUCGCUGCUCUCUCUUUUGGCGUCUUACAACCUCCUCCCACUCCUUUCCCCGGCCCCGCCUCCUCCUGCAGGUUCCUCCCCGUCACCCCUCUCCUCCCUCCUCCUCCUCCGCACCUAGCCAGCCCUCUGCAAACUCACUUCCACCUGAUUGAGCGGGACUCUCGGACCUGCGAGCACUAAAGACCUUUCACACCUGCCGGGGCGACAGAGAGCUGCGGAGGGCCACAGCAAAGAGAGCGGCUGCAGCCCCUACGGGGUUAAGGAACCCAGGUGCUCCGGGUCUCGGAGGGCCACGGCGACAAUGACAGCUGACAAGGAGAAGAAAAGGAGCAGCUCCGAGCUGAGGAAGGAGAAAUCCCGAGAUGCCGCGAGGUGCCGGCGCAGCAAGGAGACGGAGGUCUUCUAUGAGUUGGCUCAUGAGUUGCCCCUGCCUCACAGUGUGAGCUCCCAUCUAGACAAAGCCUCCAUCAUGCGCCUGGCCAUCAGCUUCCUUCGGACACAUAAGCUCCUGUCCUCAGUCUGCUCUGAAAAUGAAUCCGAAGCGGAGGCCGACCAGCAAAUGGAUAACUUGUACCUGAAAGCCUUGGAGGGUUUCAUUGCGGUGGUGACCCAAGAUGGUGACAUGAUCUUUCUGUCGGAAAACAUCAGCAAGUUCAUGGGACUUACCCAGGUAGAACUAACAGGACAUAGCAUCUUUGACUUCACUCAUCCUUGCGACCAUGAGGAAAUCCGUGAGAACCUGACUCUCAAAACCGGUUCUGGUUUUGGGAAGAAGAGCAAAGACGUGUCCACCGAGCGUGACUUCUUCAUGAGGAUGAAGUGCACGGUCACCAACAGAGGCCGGACUGUCAACCUCAAGUCGGCCACCUGGAAGGUCCUGCACUGCACCGGGCAAGUGAGAGUCUACAACAACUGCCCCCCUCACAGUAGCCUCUGUGGCUCCAAGGAGCCCCUGCUGUCCUGCCUUAUCAUCAUGUGUGAGCCAAUCCAGCACCCAUCCCACAUGGACAUCCCCCUGGACAGCAAGACUUUCCUGAGCCGCCACAGCAUGGACAUGAAGUUCACCUACUGUGACGACAGAAUCUUGGAACUGAUUGGUUACCACCCCGAGGAGCUACUUGGCCGCUCUGCCUAUGAGUUCUACCAUGCCCUGGAUUCGGAGAACAUGACCAAAAGUCACCAGAACUUGUGCACCAAGGGGCAGGUGGUAUCUGGCCAGUACCGGAUGCUAGCCAAACACGGAGGAUAUGUGUGGCUGGAGACCCAGGGGACGGUCAUCUACAACCCCCGCAACCUGCAGCCUCAGUGCAUCAUGUGUGUCAACUAUGUGCUGAGUGAGAUCGAGAAGAACGACGUGGUGUUCUCCAUGGACCAGACCGAAUCCCUGUUCAAGCCGCACCUGAUGUCCAUGAACAGCAUCUUUGACAGCAGUGAUGAUGUGGCCGUAACUGAGAAGAGCAACUACCUGUUCACCAAACUGAAGGAGGAGCCCGAGGAACUGGCCCAGUUGGCCCCCACCCCGGGAGAUGCCAUUAUUUCUCUCGAUUUCGGAAGCCAGAACUUCGAUGAACCCUCAGCCUAUGGCAAAGCCAUCCUUCCCCCAGGCCAGCCAUGGGCCACGGGGCUGAGGAGCCACAGUGCCCAGAGUGAGUCCGGGAGCCUGCCAGCCUUCACUGUGCCCCAGGCAGGCACCCCAGGGAACACCACACCCAGCGCUUCAAGCAGCAGUAGCUGCUCCACGCCCAGCAGCCCUGAGGAUUACUAUUCAUCUCUGGAGAAUCCCUUGAAGAUCGAAGUGAUUGAGAAGCUUUUCGCCAUGGACACGGAGUCGAGGGACCCGUGCAGUACCCAGACGGACUUCAGUGAACUGGACUUGGAGACCUUGGCACCCUACAUCCCUAUGGACGGCGAGGACUUCCAGCUGAGUCCCAUCUGCCCAGAGGAGCCGCUCAUGCCAGAGAGCCCCCAGCCCACCCCCCAGCACUGCUUCAGUACCAUGACCAGCAUCUUCCAGCCGCUCACCCCGGGGGCCACCCACGGCCCCUUCUUCCUCGAUAAGUACCCGCAGCAGUUGGAAAGCAGGAAGACAGAGUCGGAGCACUGGCCCAUGUCUUCCAUCUUCUUUGAUGCUGGGAGCAAAGGGUCCCUGUCUCCAUGCUGUGGCCAGGCCAGCACCCCUCUCUCUUCUAUGGGGGGCAGAUCCAACACGCAGUGGCCCCCGGAUCCACCAUUACAUUUCGGCCCUACUAAGUGGCCUGUGGGUGAUCAGGGUGCUGAACCCCUAGGAGCCCUGCCGGUGGGGUCAUCGCAGUUGGAACCUCCGAGCGCCCCGCCUCACGUCUCCAUGUUCAAGAUGAGGUCUGCAAAGGACUUCGGGGCCCGAGGUCCAUACAUGAUGAGCCCAGCCAUGAUCGCCCUGUCCAACAAGCUGAAGCUAAAGCGGCAGCUGGAGUAUGAGGAGCAAGCCUUCCAAGACACAAGCGGGGGGGACCCUCCAGGCACCAGCAGUUCACACUUGAUGUGGAAACGUAUGAAGAGCCUCAUGGGCGGGACCUGUCCUUUGAUGCCUGACAAGACCAUCAGUGCGAACAUGGCCCCCGAUGAAUUCACCCAAAAAUCUAUGAGAGGCCUGGGCCAGCCACUGAGACACCUGCCACCUCCCCAGCCACCAUCUACCAGGAGCUCAGGGGAGAACGCCAAGACUGGGUUCCCGCCACAGUGCUAUGCCUCCCAGUUCCAGGACUACGGUCCUCCAGGAGCUCAAAAGGUGUCAGGCGUGGCCAGUCGACUGCUGGGGCCAUCGUUUGAGCCUUACCUGUUGCCGGAACUGACCAGAUAUGACUGUGAGGUGAACGUGCCCGUGCCUGGAAGCUCCACACUCCUGCAGGGGAGAGACCUUCUCAGAGCUCUGGACCAGGCCACCUGAGCCAGGGCCUCUGGCCGGGCAUGGCCCUGCCUGCCCCGCCGUCUUGGCCUGCCAGCUUCACUUCCAUCUGUGUUGCAAUUAGGUAUCUCUAACACCAGCACACUUCUUACGAGAUGUACUCAACCUGGCCUACUGGCCAGGUCACCAAGCAGUGGCCUUUAUCUGACAUGCUCACUUUAUUAUCCAUGUUUUAAAAAUACAUAGUUGUUGUACCUGCUAUGUUUUACCGUUGAUGAAAGUGUUCUGAAAUUUUAUAAGAUUUACCCCUCCCUCCCUGCCUCCUUCCCUCCCUUGAAUUACUUCUAAUUUAUAUUCCCCAAAGGUUUCUCUCUCUCAUUCAUAUCCAUACUAACAAGCAUGGUGGCUGGUGCCUCUCCCUAGGAAAGCUUUGGCGUCAUUCAACUCAAGUGUUCUUGUUCUUGUUGCCAAAGAGAAAAGGAUUUUGCCCCACUGUGGAUUCUCCCUCUCCCCCCACCCCAUAUACACACACAUACACACACACACCUACACACAUAUACACACAUGCACGUAUGCACACACACACACACACACACACACACAUAUACACACACACAUAUACACACACACAUAUCUAAUCACCAUAUUGUAAAAUUUUGUGUUUUUAAAGCCAACUCUUUGCUCCGAUUUUUUCAUACGACUUAGUAUGGGGCAAAAAAGCAAUGUGAAGAAUCAACUCUAGGGUUACCUGUGAAGCCACGCGGUGGUGUUCUAAGCUGUUUGGUGAUGCCCCCAUCUCUCCCCGGGUCCAGUGGAUUUUUUUUUUAACUAUUAUUCAAAAGCAAAACUGAGUUUUGUUUUGUUUUGUUUUUUAAGAAGAAUUUAUAUCCAGGUUUAGUGUUUAUCAUAUAUAUGGGUACUCUGUAAUAUCUAAAAGCUUAGAAAUGGGAUCCUGCUCACAAGAAUCACUUUUAAGAUCUUUUAGGGCUGUUAAUUUUAUUUUCUCAGUGUUCUGGACACUGUAGACCUGUGCAGUACUCCCACAGGCCUGACUAACCGCCACGGAUCUCUCUUUCUUUCUCUCUGGUGACUUUUUGCUUUUGUGAUAUGGCAGCGGUGUGACAAACAGUCCCAGGAGUGAAGUCAUUAAGGGGGAACAUUGCAAGCUAUCUUUUCGUGUUCUCAGUGUAUUAUGUAUGUGUGUGCUGUUGCCGCUAUGAGGGCUCGGGGCUCGCAGGAACCGAGGGCAGGUUGCAGGUGAGCUGGAAGGAGGAAGGAAGCGCUCUCACUCUUUUUCAGGCGAUGUUGCUAGCCCUUCUAGCGCACUGAGCUACGUGACUGCCAAUCUCUCUCCUGCGGCACAUUUGGGUGUUUCCACAGCUACCAUGAAGUGGUUUUAAUGGGAAUUCAUAAAGCAAGUUAGGAUUCACAAAUGUAGUGACCCAAGUCCUUGGAGCUAAACUGGGAGAGGGUGCCAGGUGGAGGGUAGCAGGUCUGACCAGCCCUACACCCUGCCACAGAUCACAGCAGGGCAAAUGGCCCUGCGAAGCCAUGGUGCAGCGCCCCCUGCUGGCGAGCAGCGGGCAGACCUCCAAGGACAGCCUCUAGCUGAGGUCUCAGUCACAUGAAGUGUGACACUGAACAGGUAGAAAGCACUGAAAAUCGUGUUCCAAGAGCACUUUGUAACUCACUGAGGGGGAGGGGAAGCACCUUUUGGGUUUGUGAUACCAAUCAACAUAAGGUGUUGUUGACUCGGGUACAAUAAAACUCUCAACACACACAAAGCCCAUCAGGCAAGAGUACAGUAAGCCUAAGGGGACUUGCUGCUCAAACCAAAAAUUAACUCUGAAGGUCAGUCUACCUGACAUUACCUAGGCAUGGUGUUGUCCAAGCUGCGCAUUGGUGCACAGUGUGGCCUGACACACAAGCAGGCGGGGCGACGGAACUUGAAGGGUUAUUGACAUGCAAAUGCUGGUGUUUGAUUUCCUGUGUUGUUGCCUCAGCGUUAAGGGCAUUUCCGUUUUUUGCAGUUUUACUAAAGACACUCUGAGAAAUAUUCCGAGUUUCAUAUUAACCUUUCCUGUCCAUGUAACAACUUCAUGACCAUUACUGCAUUGUCAAAUUCCUACUGACGACAUUAUAACUGUACGGGAGCUUAACUUUAUAAGGAAAUGUAUUUUGACACUGAUAUCUUAUUAAAGUAUUCUGAUCCUA